AUGGUAAUUAAUAAUUCUGGACAGUAUUACUUAUUUGGUAGAUUCACUACUACCGUCAUCCCUGCAUUCUUAUCGGAGCCGCACCGUUUAAAUCGCAAUCUUAUCAACAACAUGGGUAACCCAGAACUGGAAUUGCCCAUCCACUUGGACAAGAAGGAAAAGAAAAAAUGGACUUUUGUGUCCUUCUGGCAUUUCUUUUACUUUGUGAUUUUUGCUCAAACCACUUUCUCACUUUUGAAUUACUAUCAAUGUUUCAAAAGCGAAAAGUCCAACCCAGAUUCUCUCUGCCCCAUAGUGGAGAAGAUCGACCCUUCCAGUUACAUGUACGAAAGUGAUACAAUCAAAACCAUCCUUCACAAUGAAGACUUCCACAACAGCUCUUUGGAAAAGCUUCUCGGGGCUGUGCGGUAUCCGACUCAAAUAUAUGAUAAAAUGAUCAAUCCCAACACGGCAGAUUCGCUUGAAGAUUUGUAUAAAUUGGAGCCCAGAUGGGCCGAGUUUGAGAAAUUCCACGGCUACUUGGCCGAAACUUUCCCUUUGGUGCACAAGCACUUGAAACUUGAGAAAAUCAACAAGUUUGGGUUGGUCUACACCUGGGAAGGCUCUGAGGCGCUGAAAAAACCAAUCAUGCUUACGGCCCACUAUGAUGUUGUACCAGUUCAGCCAGCCACUAUAGAUCAAUGGACUUUUCCGCCUUUUGAAGGUGGUUUUGACGGCAAGUAUUUGUAUGGCCGUGGAGUUUCCGAUUGCAAGAACUUGCUCAUUGGGCUUAUGGAAACGGUUGAGCUUUUGUUGUCGGAACAGAAGUUUUCGCCCAAAAGAACGAUUGUUUUGGCCUUCGGGUACGACGAAGAAGCUGCUGGAACCGGAGCAUUUGAAAUCAACAAACAUCUCGAGGCUAAAUAUGGCGAAGACUCGUUCUUCCAGAUUAUCGACGAAGGCAACUCGGGCUAUACAGAAGAGAAUGGCCAGUUUCUCAUUUUGCCAGCCACAGGCGAAAAGGGCCACCUUAACUCCGUCAUUGAUAUUUUCACCCCAGGAGGACAUUCCUCUGUUCCGCCAAAACAUACAUCGAUUGGACUUUUGGCAAAAUUGAUUUCGCUUAUUGAGGAUCAGGAAUUCGAGAGCAUUCUUUCCAAUGCAAACCCAGUAUUGAACCAGUUGCAAUGUGUGGCCGAACAUUCGACUACCAUCGAUAAAGAUCUCAAGAAAAACAUUUUGAAGGCCCAUUUGGACAAGAAGGCCAACGCCAAAGUGGUGGAAUUCAUGGCUCUGAACAUUUUUUCAAAGUACUUGGUCACAACGUCUCAAGCAGUGGAUAUUGUUGAAGGAGGCGUGAAAUCCAAUGCUUUACCUGAACAUGCAUCCGUUUUGGUGAACCACCGGAUUGCAGUGGAAGAAAGUGUGGCCUCGACGGGAAAGAAGGUGUUGGACCAGAUCGUGGACUUUGCAGAAAAGUACGAUUUGGGUGUCAUUUCCAAUGAUGCGUUGGUAAGAGAAAAAACACCAAACGGAUACAUCGACUACAACUUUGUGGAACCGUUGGAGCCGGCGCCAUUGACUCCAGUGGGAGAUGAAGUUUGGAACGUUUUUGGUGGCUCGUUGCGCUACCUUUACGAAGAGUUGGUUUUCCCAGAGAAAAACGAUACGUUUAUUUUUGCUCCAUUCAUCAGCACGGGAAACACCGACACAAAGUCUUACUGGAGCUUAACACGGAACACUUUCAGAUAUGAGCCGGGUCUUCCUACGCCUAGGGGAAACAUACACUCUGUUGAUGAAAGAUUGAACUUCGAUGGCCAUUUGCUUAUCAUUGCCUUCUACUACUACUAUUUGCAAGUGGUGGACGGAAUUUAG